AUAUUGUUUAAUAAAGAAAGAGAGAAUACACGAUUAUCUGAUUAAUCUCUUCCACUUACAGUAUAGCAUUUCUGGAUUUGUAUAACAACGAAGAUCUUAUCAAGGCAGGUUAUUGUUCACACUUUUUCUCAAUCAUGUUUCAACGAUAUGACAAUUCUGUCAAAUAAUAUACCCCGUGAAAAACGCAAAUUAAAAAUGUGAAAAACCCAUGUAAAAUUUUCAUUCUGUAGAGUUAAAAAAGCAGUAUUUGACGUUGAUUAGUGGACAUUGUAUUAAUCGUUUUCGUGCUUAUAUUUACAGGAGUCAACGAGAUCCAGCUACUGUUGUACUAUUAGAAGGCAUGACGUAACCGAAUAUAAGAAUCACCAUUACGUUAAUCAGAACAAUCACAUUUCAAGUAAAAAAAAAUGUUUUUUUUUUUCAACUGUAAGGCGUUGUACUAGCAGUAUCUAGAGAAUAUAUCUGAGUAUUAAACUGGUGUAUGACGUAAACGCGCGCGAUUUCACGCGUAGCAACUCAAUCCCUCUGUCGGUAGAAUAGUCGUUCUUUUACCGGGACUCUUCGAAAUAGGAGCUCGUCGCCCACCUUAAAGAUUCGUAUUCCCGUGGGUUGUAUCUGUCGGUGUCUUCGAGAAGGCAUGACAUAUUAACAAGGUGCGAAUACUCCUCUCUCCGUUCGUGGGAUUCUGAAAACGCCGCGUAUGGAUUAGUUAUAAGCUCACUUGUGUUGUUGCUGUUACAGACCCUAUAGCUGCAAUGCGAUAUACGAGAACGAACGCAGAGGGCGACACAAGAGAACUGCGUAAUAUGGAAAUCGUUCUGAGCGGAUGGUGGUGACUGUGCCAGUAUUGACUCGUUCGUGCAUUUUAAAGAAUUCUACGCUCGACCUCUAGAAUCCGAGGUCCUAUAUAUAUACUGUCGGACAAAAUGAGCCAAAAAUCUUCGGGAAUUAAAAUACCCACUAAGAUAGCUAAACCCACCACCUUACCCACCAGGCCACCAACGAUAGGAGGGUCGACAGCAGCGCCCCUACGUACGUCUUCACCCUCUACUGCGGCAUCCACGGAAGUAAGGUCAGAUGCUUCUGAUGCCUUAGCCCAGAGUACAGAAGAUUUCAUCAUUGGGGACCAGGUUUGGGUGAAUGGCACUAAAUGUGGUUACAUUCAGUUUCUGGGAGAGACCCAGUUUGCUCCAGGACAGUGGGCUGGUGUAGUACUAGAUGAACCACUCGGUAAAAAUGAUGGUUCUGUUGGGGGCAUUCGCUACUUUCAGUGUGAAUCCAAUAGGGGAGUUUUUGCUCGUCCUUACAGACUGUCCCGUUUUCCUGCUAGCCCAAGUAGUCCAGCUAACGGAACUUUACAGUCAAGCUUAAGAAGAGCAUCAACAACUCCAUCAUUAGGUUCGACCACACGACUCCCUGGUUCAUCGCCAGCUGGAAGCGUGAAGGAUGCAACAACACCCCCUGGUGGUAGCAGCAACACCUCUCCUAUGGAUGGUGUAGUUAAUGUUGGAGAUCGAGUUAUAGUCAAUGCUACUAGUGGUAUCAAGAUAGGAACCCUCCGUUACCUUGGAACCACAGAAUUUGCUGCAGGACAGUGGGCAGGGAUUGAACUAGAUGAACCUCAAGGAAAAAAUGAUGGCUCAGUAGCUGGAAAAAGAUACUUUGAAUGUAAAGGGAAGUAUGGCUUGUUUGCUCCUAUCCAUAAACUCGCAAAAGCAGGAAAGGGUCCAGGAUCAACUAGAGUAUCUCGACCUUGCUUGGGCACGGGUUUACCUCUCCACCGUCGUGCAGGGAGCCAUGAGUCACUUAACAGCUCCAUCAGUUCAACCUCUAGUGCUGCACGUGGUGGCAGGGUAAGGCUUGGAGUGACGUCACUUACUAGUCCCCAGGAAGCUCUGAAAGAAAAGGAAGAACACAUUGAACAACUUCUCCGGGAACGAGAUCUGGAGCGAGCAGAAGUCGCUCGUGCUGCAGCUCAAGUGGAUAAGGCCGAGCAGAAGUUAACUGCAUUUCAAACAGAUCAUCAGAGGUUUGCAGAGGAGACUGAAAUCAGUGUUAUUCAACUAAAGCAGCUUCUUGAAAAGGCUGAGACUGAGAAAAAAGAAGCAUUAGUUCAACUAGAUGACGAGAAGAGGAAAGUUGAAGAUUUACAGUUCAGAAUAGAAGAGGAAUCAAUAAAUAAGGUGGACUUGGAGAGUCAGUCAGAACAACAACGAGAAAAAAUCGAGGAAUUGGAAAGACUUUUGGAAGAAGAACAUCAACGCUCAAGAUCUUCAGAUUCCAGCAAUAAUCAGGAAAACUCUGGAAUUGAAAUAGUGAGUUGGCACAAAGAAGAAAUUGAAAAACUCAAGCAGACUUUAUCAAAAGCCGAAGAAAAAGUCAAGUCAUUAGAAGCAUUAAGGGCAUCUGAAAGUGCUACUUCAAAUGAACUUAAGGCGGACGUAGUUCACAAAGAUGAGAAAAUUCUACAGCUAGAAGCUUCUCUUGAAAGCCGAAAGAGGGAGGUGUGUGACUUGCAGAAGCGGCUGACGGAAUUAGGGGAGGAUCUCGAGCAGAGUAAGGUGAGACAGGAGAAACAUCUUCAAAUAAUCGAUGACCUGAAUGUGAAAGUGGCUCACGCUGAGGCUUCGUCUGGUCGUCUUGAUGAAGAGCUUCACACAGUGAAAACUUGUUUAGCAG